AUGGAUGAAUUGCCAGGGGCUUUGGGAACAAGUGCUAGCUUGGCUUUAAGAUUAGGACAGGCCGUUUUUGCUGUUGCUUCUCUGCUCUUCAUGUGUUUAGAUAUUGAGUUCUACAGUUACACUGCUUUCUGCUUUCUGGUGACCAUCAUGGGUUUAGUGAUUCCGUGGAGCUUGACAUUGGCUAUGGUGGAUGCAUUCUCUGUUUUCAUGAAACGUCCUACUCAUCAAUCCAGUUUGCUUUCAAUGAUUAUCGUAGGAGAUUGGAUUCUGUCAUUUCUGUCAUUAGCAGCUUCAAGUUCAACAGCUAGUGUGUCUGAUCUUUUGAUUGCGUCUAAUGGUUCCUUCUGUACUGCAAAUAUAUGCACGCGAUAUCAACUGUCAGCUGCAAUGGCCUUCUUGUCUUGGUUUCUGUCAUUAGCCUCCUCCCUCUUCAACCUGUGGCUUCUUCCUACCUCAUAA